AUGAGUGCCUCUGCAGUUGUCUUUCCUCCAUCGUUAAAUUCGAACGUUUAUGUUGCAUAUCGACAACGUUUUUAUAUUCUGGGUGUCUUCUCGUUCCUAGCAUUCAAUCAAUGUGCAUUUUGGUUAACAUUUUCUCCAAUAUCUCCAAGUACUCAAACAUAUUAUGGAAUUCCAUCGGCAACUGUUGAUCUUCUUCUCAACUGGGGUCCAAUUAUCUUCAUUCCAUGUCUUCCCUUCGUAUAUCUUCUAUUAAAUCGCAAAAAUGGCCUUCGAUACACUGUACUUAUUCUCUCGAUCGCCUGCUUUCUCGCCACGUUCCUCCGCAUAAUUCCCUCACUGGUAACCUCACCAUCGAGUCCACAUUUUAAAUCGAUAUCUUUACCAUUUAUUCACGCUGGUCAAAUAAUCAAUGCCGCAUGUGGUCCACUUGUCAUGGCUCCUGUUUCUCAACUGUCAUGUUUAUGGUUUUCGCCGAACGAACGAACCCGAGCAACAACAAUGGCAAUCAUGGCGAAUAUAUUCGGUGGAACAAUUAGUUUUCUAAUCAAUCCGGCAAUUGUUUCUCAUCCUUCAAAAAUUCCUCAUUUGCUCUAUUUUCAUCUUGGGUUAGCUUCUCUUGCUGGACUUCUAGCAAUUAUUCAUUUUCCUUCUCAACCUCCAACUCCUCCAUCGGCUGCAGGUGAACUUCUGAUGAAUGAAAACAGUGAAAUAUCGAGUUUAAAAGCGUAUAAAGAUGGGUUUAUACAAUGUAUGACAAAUCUAUCGUUCGUCUUACUUUCAACAGCGGGUGGAGUUCUCAGCGGAACAUUUGCCGUAUGGACAAGCUUAUUUUCGAGCAUUCUCGCUCCUGAACAUUAUUCCGAAACACAAGCUGGUAAUUCGUUUGUAUUUUUUGUAGUCCGUAUAAGAAAGUAUAUUUCAUCAUGUGUAGGUUGGUUUGGCUUUGCUGCAUCAUUAGCAGGGAUUCUUGGUGCUUUAUGUCUAAGUGCUCUGGUUGAUCGACCUCGUUUUCGACGUUCGUUGAAAUUGUUCAUGCUUAUUUGUUUUAUCGGUUGUUUCCUGUCAGUUCUUUGCUUUCAAUUCUGUGUUCGGACGGUUUUCUCAGACAAACCACUUGUCAGUUCAGCCUCGAUUCUUAUUGGAUUUUCUCUUUCGUUUGCUGGCUUAUUUCAAGGUGCAUCAUCACCAUUAGUUUACGAAAGUGCAGCCGAGAUUAUGUUUCCACUACCUGAAUCCCUUUCUGCAUCGAUUCUUGUUCAAUGGAACAACAUCGCCUGUGUUAUUUUACUUUUUGUUGCUUCACAAAAAUACAAAUUAGUUAAUCUACUCGUUCUUAUUGUUAUUGCUGUCGCCAUUCUGAUGAUUUCAUUCGCUCGUGUUACAUACAAACGGCAAGACGAAGACUCAAGAAAAACGGCGGCGAUAGCGGUACAAUCAUUUGACCUUGAUAGUCAGGUUCCUGAAUAG